AUGCAUAAUUCCAUAUAUGUGGGUACGUCUGUCAUUAUAUGGGCGUGGGGUGCUGGUCACGUGAAUAUUAACAACCUAACUCACUUUUCUUUCUGUCUUUCUUUCUUCUUUUUUUUCUUUCUCUGUUUCUUUCUUUCUUUCUUUGUUAUCCCUGGGAUCUUCUUUUUGUUCUUUCAUAUUCCUCGCUCCUUUCUUUCUUUCUUUCUUUCUUUCUUUCUUUCUUUCUUAUUCCUCUCUUCUUUCUUUCUUUCUUUCUUAUUUCUCGCUUCUUUCUUUCUUUCUUUCUUAUUCCUCGCUUCUUUCUUUCUUUCUUUCUUUCUUUCUUAUUCCUCGCUCCUUUCUUUCUUUCUUUCUUUCUUUCUUUCUUUCUUUCUUUCUUUCUUUCUUUUUUUCUUUUCUUUCUUAUUCCUCGCUUCUUUCUUUUCUUUCUUUGCUUCUUUUUCUUUCUUAUUCCUAGCUUCUUUUUAUGUCUUUCUUUCUUUCUUAUUCCCCCUUCUUUCUUUCUUUCUUAUUCCUCCUUCUUUCUUUUCUUAUUCCUCCUUCUUUUUUUUUCUUUCUUUCUUUCUUUCUUUCUUUCUUUCUUUCUUUUUCCCCGCUUCUUUCUUUCUUUCUUUCUUUCUUAUUCCUCGCUCCUUUCUUUCUUUCUUUCUUUCUUUCUUUCUUUCUUUCUUUCUUUCUUUCUUUCUUUCUUAUUCCUCGCUUCUUUCUUUCUUUCUUUGCUUCUUUUUCUUUCUUAUUCCUAGCUUCUUUCUGUCUUUCUUUCUUUCUUAUUCCCCGCUUCUUUCUUUCUUUCUUUCUUUCUUUCUGAUUCCUUGCUUCUUUCUUUCUUUCCUUCUUUUUCUUUCUUAUUCCUCGCUUCUUUCUUUCUUUCUUUCUUUCUUUCUUUCUUUCUUUCUUUCUAUUUCCGCGGUUCUUAAAUUUCUUUUUCCUCAUUUUUUACUUUCUUUCAUAUUCCUCAGCUCUUCCUUUCGUUCUUUUCUUUCUUUCUUUCUUUCUUAUUCCUAUGUUUUUACUUUCUUUCCUUCUUUCCUUUUUAAUCCUCGGCUUUUCUUUCUUUCUUUCUUUCUUUCUUUCUUUCUUUCUUUCUUUCUUUCUUUCUUUCUUAAGAUUCAAACGUGCUCAUGCUCCGAUUCUCUUUUACCGAACGUUGAUGAAUUCUUUCGUUUUAAAAGUUGA